AUGGAGUUUUCCUUUCUGCUUGCAGUUCGGGAGUUAACAGCUGACCAUACUACAGCGGCGUCUUUCCAACCCGAGACAUGUAUCAACAUCUUCGAUUUCGUCAUCGCCGCCGUCGACGUCGCCACCGGCGUCGCCUCGACAGUGGGCUCGUCCGGACGAGCUGACUGCUCUUCUCAUGGCUCGUCUUCCAGUUUCUACAUAAUCGAGCAGAAGCUACCGCGUCCUCCGCCCUUCCGCUGCUACAUCUACAACAUCACCAUCAUCGGCGGCACAUGUACGCAGGAGCAAUAUGAUGCUCUUGCGUACCGCACAGCGGUGGUUGAGGAUCUGUAUGUGGUUGAGCCGAGCGGUGGGAGUCCGGGGGCUGUUGCGUGA